CACACACACACACACACACACACCUGCGUCAUUUCCUAGACAUAAAUGGUCUGAGAGGGUCCAAUUCAGCGCUCCCUGUCAGUUGCGCAAAGAGAGCGCUCCGGUGGAGAAAGCAGACGGACUCUGGAGUUAGUUUAUGGACAGAAUCGACAUGAAGCAGGUUACAUGUCUUCUGGUACACAGCGGUAAGGACAGUUUUCUAUGGAGGUUGAUCUGCCGGGUUUCAGAUAUUACACAGGACACUGUUUGAAUCGUCGAGGCUCGAAGACAGCGAUUGUGUUGUGCAUGCAAUAGAAAUGGAACAGGACAGUAACAUUUUUGCUUAGUUCACUGCCAGAAGAUGCGAGCAGCAGCCGGGAGAGCGCUCUGUUUCGGGGUGACACACUGUUUGCGCCGUUACGCGCCUAGAUCACCGAUCACCUGUUGAAGUUGCUGGAUGCGUGAUUAGCUGCUUCAUGUUUUACUUUGAAACGUGCGGAUCAACUUGAACAGCGCUUUACCAAAUGUCCGAUCCGUCCUCACAUCUGUACGACGCGCUGCUUCCCCGUUAUGUUGUAGGAUGAGCGCUGAUCUGGAGCGCGUUACGCUCAACACAUCGGUGAACUCGGCCGGCCUGGAUGGCCGUGCGCUCUCGGCAAACGUCCGGAGGCUCCACAACGCUCUCAACGUUCUCCUUAGCGACGUGGAGAGAGAACACUUCAUCCACUGUCUCAAUGUGUACCACUCCAAGCGCAACGUCUUCGACCUGGUCCAAACUCUCAAAGUGAUUCUCAACACGCCCGGAAAACGACAGCUGCUGCCCAUGCUGCGUCUGGUCAUUCCCAGGUCCGACCAGCUGUUGUUCGACCAGUACACGUCUGAGGGGCUCUACCUGAAGACGGACCUGCUUUGCAACAACAGCACCGCGAAGGACUUCGGAGACGAGGGCGAUUCAACUCUGCAGAAAUAUGUCAGUUCCGUCCACGAGCAGACCCUCAAGUCGGGCUGUCCGGACGGUUCCACCGCCGGCGCGGAGCUUUCGACUCCAGUGGCUCCGCAGUUCUGCGAGGGCCCCUAUAGAGACGUGCACAAAGUAACAUUGACGCGCUCCAGGAGCCACGAGGGUCUGGGCUUCAGCAUCCGCGGGGGUUCAGAGCACGGCGUGGGGAUCUACGUGUCCCUGGUGGAGCCGGGAUCAUCGGCCGAGAGAGAGGGACUGAAGGUCGGAGACCAGAUAGUGACCGCCAACGACAUGAUGUUCGACAGUGUCACUCACAUAGAGGCGGUGAAGGUGCUGAAGGGAUGCAAGAAGCUGACCAUGUCUGUGUGUUCUAUGGGACGGAUCCCUGGAGGCUACAUCACUAACCACGUGUACAGCUGGGUCGACCCUCAGGGCCGGAGUGUCUCACCACCACCUGAUAGCCAGGAGGCCAACCAGAGGCAAGGGCAUGGCAUGGAGGAGAGGACGGUAAACCUGAACAUGGAUGAUGGCCGUUCUCUGGGUCUAAUGAUCAGGGGUGGUGCGGAGUAUGGACUCGGGAUUUACAUCAGUGGGGUAGACCCUGGAUCUGCUGCUGACUCUGGUGCACUAAAGGUGGGUGAUCAGAUACUGGAAGUGAACGGUCAGAGCUUUGUCACCAUCUCCCAUGAUGAGGCAGUUAACAUCCUCAAAACGGGGUGCCACUUGUUGGUGAAAGUGAGGGAUGUGGGCCGCCUGCCUCAUGCACGCACAAUGGUGGAUGAGACCAAAUGGAUCAGCAGUCAGGUCAUAGCCGAGACCAGCGCUACAGCAAAUCCUAACUCAGUCACCAACCCCACCGUCAAUGCCAGUGCCUGCAGUUCAAGACCGUCUUCAGCCAGAGGUACUCCUGUAUUAGGAAAGCCAUCAGGAUGCAGAGGUGUGGGCCCUCCUGGUGCUCAGGUGUCUCUGGAGGACCAGGCUUACAUGUUGCUGACAGAGCCAGAGAGGCAGACCAUGGCUUACUACCUGCAGGAGUACCAAGAUGAACACAUAGGAGUGGAGCCGCUGGCCAUGGCUCUGUUUGAGCUUUUCAAUACACAUGCAAAGCUGUCCAUGUUGUCUGAGGUGAGGAGUCUGGUGGCUCCCCAGGAUCUGGACUUGUAUGACAGGCUAGUGUUGCACCAACAGAGGGAGGCCCACAUGACGUGGUAUGGAGGCCUGGGAGUGCUGCAUCCACAGGGCCUCUGUAACCAACCAGCCCCCACGAUCUGUGUCGCAGGACAUACUGUUUCUGCUACAAAUGAUGGUUCUGUUGGUGGCUGGACAGAAAAAGACCAGGAGGAGAACACCAAUGGCUUACAAAACAUUGCACUGGAUGGAAUGCAGGCUUCAGGUGAAUCUCCUCCAUCCUUCAGAUCUAGUCCUAUCCAGGCCCAGAGCAGGCCAUCCAGGGAGAAGGAGCUCAGCCGGAAGCCUUCAGCCCGGCUGGUGUCAGCCGGUUCAAACAUACUCUUCACUGGCCCCACUCGUUUGCUCCAGGACUGCCUCCAUAAAUCACUCAAAACCCUUCCCACCACCAACCAGCACUCCCCAGCAUCUGCUCACCACACCUGCGCUGGUGCCAGCCACCACACUUCCCUCAAUGCCCUCCAUCACACAUGCCAGAGCCCCUUUCAGCUCUCUGACUCUGAACAUCACAGUCACCCCCACUUCACUCAGCAUGUCCAGCACCAUGCUGCCCCCCAUAACCGGCCCAGGUCAGGACAUCACACCUGCCCAGGCUUCUUGCAUCAUCGGGACUCCUCCAGCCCUGCUAAGUUAGAGGCAUCUGUCAAGCUUGCUUGCAGAUCCAGAUCCUAUGAAAAUUCCUGUGUCUUGUCUAGCUCUGCAUCAUCUUCCAAAGUGGCAUCUCCCAUGCCAUCCCCUCAUCCAUCACCCCAUUCCUCGCCAUGUCCCUCCCCCCGACCCACUGUCACAACACCUGCAGCUCUACCCUGUAGUCCUGAUCGGCCCUGCUCACCUGCCCUCACCCAGAAAGCCAUCGUGACUGACAUGAACCGGCUGUCUGCAGAGUCCAGACUGCAGCAAAGAGGGGCCCCCCUGUCCCAGCUGUCAGACAGUGGCCAGACUCUGAGUGAGGACAGUGGCGUGGAUAUAGCAGAGGCAGGAGGACUAAUAAAGGAUGGCAGCCCUAGACCAAGGAAGAACCAGCAGGGCCAUCUGGAACAGUCAGGAGCCCUGGCAUUUCCUCUAGGAACCACCAGACAAACUGGCUCACCUGUCCCAGCAUCCACUGCUACCUUAGUAAGAGUGCUGAAAAAUUCCAACACCCUGGGCAUUGCAAUAGAGGGAGGUGCCAAUACACGCCAGCCUCUGCCACGCAUAGUAACCAUUCAGAAAGGAGGCUCGGCUCAUAACUGCGGCCAACUGAGGGUGGGUCAAGUCAUUCUGGAAGUCAACGGCAUUUCUCUGAGAGGUCGGGAGCACAAAGAUGCUGCACGGAUCAUCGCAGAGGCGUUUAAGACCAAAGAAAAGGACCACAUUGACUUCGUGGUGUUUGAGCCAGGAUUCUAGUCUUUGGACUUUGCACUUUAUGCAGAUUGGUUUAAAAAGACAUUGUUUCACUGCUUGGAGAGAUCCAUAUGAAUUCCACAUGAUGCUGUCCUGUAAUCAUGGCCCUCAUUUCAUUUCAGGGACAGGAUUAGUGGAAGGAUAUGUUGGGUAUUUUUUGAUUGCACUCUACAGAGAUUUGCACAAUUUAAAUUUAGAAAAAGAUAUUAUAUUAAUAUUUGCUGUAAAAAUCAUGCCUGGGUGAAAUGCUAUUGCCACUUGUUUUGUUAAUUUUCUUUCAUUAGUAUUCAGACCCUAGAUGUCAUGUGUUUCAACGGGAGGACAAUUAAUACAACCAGCCAAUCACAGUUAGUAAAUUCAUUCUUCAAGUAUCUUGUAUGUCUCUUUAUCAUUGAGACAAUAUCAUGAGAGGCAGAGUUACUCUGAAGAUGUACACAAUCUCUUGUUUGGGUUCAUUAUCUUUCUGGUUCUGAAUUUUUGCAAGAUAAAUGAUGUAAAGUGACUAAGAAACACUUCCAGACAGGUUGAAAACAAGCAAACAGUUUAGCCAUAUUGGCUACACUUAAUUUCGAGUUAAAGUGGACAGAUAGCCAUCAUUGCACUAGAAAGCAGCUGAACUAUCACUACGAUUGGACCAGUGUUGACUUUGUCAAAGAAACACCAAAAUAUUUGUCAACAACCACAUUUUUAUAAUGAAAAUAAGACAACUAAAAAAAGUAAAUAUUGAAAAUAAGAAUAAUAAUUGAAUGUGUCAUAUUUAUUGGCAAAAUUAAAAGCUAGUGAUGUGAAAAAUAAAUGAAUGAACUAUGGACUUGUAAUUAUUCAGUGGGCCACAGAAUCUCACUGUAUCUCUUGAUUAGAGAUUGUUUUCUCUACAGUCCAAACCAUCUCUUGGUCAGGUGCUGAUUACAGUGUUUGACCCAUUAUAUUACCGUAAGUACAAAACAUUUCAGUACUGUUUUCAGUUGUGUUCUGUCUGGACUACAUUCAUAAUUUCAGUGAGAAGUGGACAAGGAACUACAACAAAAAUCCUGAGACAAACUAUGAAAACGUGUAGACAAGACAGUCAUGUCAUUUAAAAAAAUUAAAAAGCAAGCUAAUGUAAUGUUGUUAUUCAGUUCAAUUUUCUUUAUAUAGCACCAAUCACAAUUCAAACCGUCUCAAGACGCUUUACAGAACCCAUAUGCCUGAACCCCCAGAGCAAGCCCUAAGGUGACAGAGAGUCAGGUUUUCAUGUGGACAUAUUAUUAUCUUUGCUUACAGUCAGAGUUCCACGACCUUAUCAGUCUGAAUCCUCCUCUAGAUAUCAGCUAUAGAAAUAUCAUGGUAUUGUACAACAGUCUGUCUGAAUUCAGGCAGUGUUGCAUGGACACAAAACAGUGACAAUGCCACUGAACCCACAAUGGAUGACAACUGUAACCAUGGUAACCUUGCAUAGCAAAGAUGAACACAGGUGCAUUCUCAAAGCCAUAGAGGAAACACAAAUAAAAAGAAAAUGCAUAACAAAAAGCUGAUCUCUAAAAUGUCACAAAGAACAAUCAGUAAUGCAUAUGUGGAAAGCAUGAAUUGGCUGUAACAAGAGGCUACCUCAGCAACAGAAGCAGCAUUUGCAUGCCAUAUAGAACCAUCGUUUUUAGACUUAAGUUUUGUUUCACUUUUAGUUUGCUUUUGGUUAGUUUCAGGCACCCAAAUGCUUAAAUAGUUAGGUUUAGUAAAAUAUCGUGAUACAACCCUUUUUCCAACAUGUUACAAGCUCUCCUCUAUUUUCUGGUACUGCCCCAUUUAAUAUAUGAUUAGAUGGCCGAAAAGGACUGACAGGAAAGCAAUAAAAUCUUUUGUAAAGUUACUGGGUUACAUCACAAACAAAUGUAACCCAGCAGAAAAUAGGUUUCCCUCAGAAAGCAAUUGCAAAAGGAGUUGUACGACAACAUAAUUUUUGGAACACAAGGUCGUAACAGUUUAGAGACCCAGCUCUGGGUUCAACUGUAACCUACCUCUUGUAUCACCACAUUCUGAGAUAUCAGUGAUUCAUUUGAUGAGUACAGUAUUAUCACAUUGAUAAAAGUGGCUGAUCAGUUGCAAUAAGCUAAAAAUGUUCUUCUUCACUCUUAAUGGCCAGAGACCAGGUGAACUUCGGCAGGUGUGCUUAUUAGCUAGAUGAAUGAAGCAUUGGAUUUGUGGUCAAAUCGCAAUAAUGUGAUCGUCAGCAGGCCGCUGAGUUAGCGUUCACUUGUUGUCAUGGUUACAGUGCAGCUAUCCAACGCCGUGCCACUACCUCAAUAGGAAAUCCUUAACAAAUCCAUGGAUCCAGACUAUAAGCCGCAUCACUGCCAAAAUAUAAUCACUUGGUCUUUGUGUCAUUUCUGACCUUCCCUGAAAAUUUCAUCCAAAUCCCUUAGUCCGUUUUUGAGUUAUGUUGACAACAGAGGAAUGAUUCACGUACGCCGAUCGUCACAUAACUCCGCCGUGUUCCUUGGCAGAAUAAUUAAUCUAACUUCCCUUCAUUCUUUCAGAGCUCCAACAGAUCUGGAUGCAACAGUUUCCAUCACAGUGAUUUGUCUGGUCUGUGGUCUGCUCGUUUCAGCCAUUCUUCUAAUAUGUUUCAUGGUAGAGAAGUGUUUAUCAAUCGCUGAUUUUUUUUGUGUGUUCCACCACAAUACUGCAUGGGUGUAAAACAGUUUACUUCCACUUUGGUGAAGAACAUCAGGGAAUUAAUUGUUUUUGCACAGUUUUCAGCAGUAAUUUUUGUUGGUAAAUGACAGAUAUUAGAAUGGGACAUGUCUGCAUCUUCAAACCAUAAACAAGGAAGUGAAUUCGGUGACGUACAUGCAUUACGUUUGCGUUGGGGACUGCUAUGAGUGGUGGAACUCACGGGAGGAUGGCCAAAAUUGCAGAAAAGUUGCGGUGAUUGGACAAAAUUGCAAGGUCGCGCAGAAUUCGCAGAGAUUGGUUGAAUUUGCGUGAAUUCGUGACAUCGCAACAUCACGAAUUCCUGGAGGGACUGAUUAAUAAAAAACAAACGUCUCUCUUUUUAAAAAAAAAAUUAAAAUUAUCAUUACCCGCCAAGGAAUGUGGUGGAGUAAUAAUGAUUGUGCUUUGUUAGUCCGUCUGUCUGUCUGUCAGCAACAUUACUAAACAGAUUUGUAUGAAAUUUUCAAGGAAGGUCAGAAAUGACACAAGGACCAAUUGAUUAGAUUCUGGCAGUGUCGUGGCUUAUAAUCUGUAUCCACGGAUUUGUUAAAGAUUUCUGUAUCAUUGCGAGAUAGCGACACAGCAUCACUGUAACUAUGCCUACGUCAGCUGCCUGCUGAUGAUAGUGAUCCUACUACAAAUCAACCGCUGCAGACCUAUCAGGACUUAUCCGUUGGAAAUGAUACAAGGAACAACUGAUCAAAUGGGGGUGUUUCUGAGUUCCAUCAAUUCCCAUAACACACGCCUGUGCUUAGUGCAAGUUCAUUUUUUUAUUAAAGAUAUCAUCCGUCGGAAAUGAUGCAACGACUGAGCAGCAUUGGUGGAAUACUGCGCUGUCUGAGUGCUUUUCUUGUUUGUUAUGUGCGCAAUUACCGGUCCGUAGAAAAUUGUCUUGUUUGAAUGUGGUCCAUGGUGCAAAAAAAGUUGGAGACCGCUGCCCUAGAGGACACGUAAAGGAAAACCUGCAAUUACCAUAUCACAACCAAUUAGCAUAGGAAAUGAAACUUAGAAAAUCACAGUGUGUCACAUUAUUAUGCCUUACAAGACAAGUAUCCACUGAAGUGAUGUCUUUCAUACUUAAACUGAUGAAGUAAUUAACUGACUUUCUGAAAUCAAAACAUCAAACGCUUAGUCUUCAAAUUUACACAUUAGCAGCUACUUUAAGUUAACCCAAAUAGCACUUCUUCUCAGAGCCCAUCCUAUCACAAUCAACUUUAAGAGGACAUCUCCUCUGUAUUAUAGCAAUACUUGCAGUUUAGCAGUACUAGUGUAAUAGAUUGUAUAUACUGUAGAUUCCUUUUAAUCCCUACAUGUAAUCCCAACUUCAUCAUACUGAAUUGUGCAUAAUAGAAGAACAUUUACACUUGUCCAAGAUUAUAUUUCUGCUCCACAUCACUCAUAAUUUACUUCAUGUCUUCUCCCAACAGCUUGAAUAAAGUACAUGAUGCUCCAUUCUCGGUUUGAAACCAUGUCCAAAUGCCUACACAAUAGAAAUCGGUGAAAUCUUCUUUGAAAUGAAUAUUGCCUGAUCCUGCUCUGUGGUGAAUGCUGAUGAGUUUCAGUGAUGAUUCAGUGAGCUGCUUCACUGCACAGGAAGCACUGAUCAGAUUGAACUGUCCUGUUGUAAUUAAUACAGUGAAGCAGCAGGAAUAGUCAGGUUCUUAUCCCAGUUUCUACAUAAUACAGUGCAACCAAAUGAUAGAGCCGUACUACUCACCGACUGUUGAGAGUGGCAGUUUCUACAAAUAGAAAGCUCUGAUUUAAAGUACACACAUAAACAUGUCAGUGGCAUGCCAGCUUCAUUGGUCCACCUGUUAUUCAGUCUCUAAUUUACAGGAGUACAAACAUUUGGCAAAAUUUUUGCAGCUCUCUCUCUGGUGUGGUGAUAAGGACAAGGAGACUUCUUGUAUUUCAAAAUUCUCCCAAGUGUCUUGUAUCAACUGAGCUCAAGGUUGUUCCUAUUUAAACCUUGCAGAUGCUACUGCUAGCUGAAUUUAAGGAUGUUUUUUAUUAGGAAAUUUCAUAUAAUAGGUUUCAGAGGUUGAAAUAACAAUGCAAAAUCAAAACUACGAUAAAUGCUGAAUGGCAGAAACUGUUCAGUACAACCAUAUGCUAUGCAAGCAAAAACCAAAAACAUAUUCUUUGGUUAAGUCAAUGUGUUGGAGGUGAUACAUACAGUGUACCUGGACAGCUUCAAGAGAAAGAGAUUGUGUUAUCAGUGCCCUAUAAAACCUACACUACCAGUCAAAAGUUUGGGCACACCUUCUCAUUCAAUGCUUUUUAUUUAUUUGUAUUAUUUUCUACAUUGUAGCUAAAUACUGAAGAGUAACCUUUUUUGUUCCCAACAUAAUUCCAUAUGUAUUCUUUUCUAGUUUUUAUGUCUUCAGUAGUAAUUGACAAUGUAUAAAAUAAUUAAAUAAAAAUCAUUGAAUGAGGAGAUGUGUCCACAUUUUUGACAGGUAGGGUAUAUUACAAAGGAAAAUUAAAAAAAUGAAAAAGUAAAAUUUUAAUAAGAAUUAAAACAUCCACUUAGUGAAACAUUUAGCCAUGCUUCUGAAGUCAGUAAGCUAGCAGAGGUUGUGCAGCAAACACUGCACAGACCAUUUAUUUGUCACACAUAGAAGCAUACACAACAACCUAUAAAAGAGCCAAACAAUUAACACACUGCACAUUGUCACAUACAUAUUUAAUAUGACUACAGGACAGGGUAGACCUAGAUAUUAGAAAUGCCUCAUUGCAUUGUCCCAUAAAAUUUAGCAGCAGUCCUCGAUGUAAGCACAACACUGAAUCAAAAAACUGUUUCAACUAAACAGCUUUAUGAAGGGAGGAUUCACUGAAGAGUUGAUUUAUCAGACUGCAUUAGUUUUAAUGCUAAGUAGACUGGCAACUGACUUGCCCAUAAUAUGUGUCCGAAGUCAUUGAGUAAUUUUAUUCCUAGAGCUAAAAUGAAACAUCUGUGUGUUGAGCUGUAGAGCGACCAUGUACAGCUUCAUAGAAGUAGAGAUACAGUCACUUCUGUACUGACAAUUCAAUUUCAGAUAUCUCAGCAUCUGCUUUUUAAAAAAUCUUCCUGUUGGGAGACACAAAUUCUCACCAGCUGGAGUAGCCUUCAAAAGAUUGCUAUGUUUUGUUAUAUAAGCACCCUGUUUCAACAAAAGUUCAGUUGAACUGUUGCUACUUACUGUGGUAUACAGCGGGAACUUAUUUCACUAUCAGAUUUCAACCUGUGUUCAAGAAACCCAAAUAAGCCUGUCAUUGCCUAUAGCAGAGUGUUGGUAAAAUCAGUGGGUGUAAACCUCUGCUGCUGAACAGAGGAAAAUAGUAAGCAGUCUAUGGUAGGAUCCUUUAAAUGUGUUUGUUCAUUCCAUAAGAUGUACUUUAUUAUCUGUUUUGUUCAUAACUGUAACCAUAAUCCAAAGUGAUACAGUAAUGCCAAGUAAUCCAAAUUAAAAAAUCAGCAAUACAAUCUUUCUCAAAUGUUUUGGGCUGAAGCUAUUAUUAUAUUUUUGUAAUCUAAUGAAAAUAUCCCAUUACAAUAAGACAGGAGCAAUUACGAGAGAAAUGUAGACGUUUAAUGAUGAAGAUAUCUAAGAAACUCAAGGCUUAAGUGUCUGAAUCAAGAAUGAAGCGUUCAUUAGAAUACUGUGCAAUUCAAGUGAUGUAAGAUACACACACACACACACACACACACACACACACACACACACACACACACAUACACACACACACACACACACACACACACACACACACACACACGCAUAUAUUUUGGUUAAUACAAAACUGUUAAAAAAUGUUGUAUCUUAUACAGAAUAGGUGGCUGCGCUGUGGCUCGGUGGUUAGCAAUGUGGCCUUGCAGCUACAUGAUCCCAUCUCCAGGCCAGGACACGAACCAGGCUGCACCUGGGAUCUUUCUGCAUGGAGUUUGCAUGUUCUCCCUGUGCACACGUGGGUUUUGUCUGGGUUCUCCGGCUUCCUCCCACAGUCCAAAAACAUGCUGAGGUUAAUCGGUGAUUCUAAAUUGUCCGUAGGUGUGAAUGUGACGUUUGUCUGCAUAUGUAGCCCUGUGAUAGACUGUUACCUGUCCAGGUGUCACCUGCCUUCACCCUCAGUCAGCUGGGAUAGACUCCAGCCCCCCACGACCCUAAUGGGGAUUAAGCAAUGUAUAGAUAAUGGAUGGAUGUAUAGAAAAGGCAGCACAUAGAAUUAUAAAGAUAUAUAAAUAGUGUUGAAAGUCAGUGCUCCUCCCCUUAAAUUGUAAUUGUCCCAUGAAUAACCUAUAUGGGAAUAUUUCUUCCAGACUCCAUCAGAUAAGAUUAAAACAUGCAGGAGAUGACGUAAUGCAUCAUUUAUAAAGUUCAGCUUUAUAAGCAUGCUCUUCAAGAGGUGCAGUCAUUCCUAUCUUGUGUCAGGUUUACUAAAAUUGUUGUAUAAAGGUUUCAGAUGCUCAUUUUGGAAUAUUAUGAGAGCACCUGUCUAAUAUUAGUGAGCUUUGCCAUUAUUAUCAAAACAUAUUUUAUCUAUGUUUCAAUAUGUGAUGCUAGUCAUUAAUGCAACAUGCCACUGCAAUAAAGGGUUAGACGUGUGAAGUUCUGAGACAAUGCACUUUCUUUGAACACCAGUAUAUACAGUAAAGGGUGAGAAAGUGUUGUUAAACACCAUUAUGUGACCCAUUUGUAACUGAAGUAACUGCUAACAUGUCUGGUGUGUUCCCCUUUCAGCCUAUCAAAGCUGUUUCACUAGAAAAUAUCCUCCAAGUCACUUAUUCUUGCGUGUAUUGAAUUUUGCAAUAUUGUUUUUGGAAAUGGCCAAAAAAAAAAGGCUGAAAUAUUCAGCAAAUGGAUUUUCCUGAAGAAAAAAAAAAGUCUACCAAAAAAUAAAGCAGACAUUUUAUGUUGCAUUUUUAGUAAGCCUAACAAUGAGCUGACAAAGAGUUUGUUCUUUAUUUCUUUAAAAAGCUUUUUUCAGGUGUGUGGUCUCACAUGACUCAUGCUAUCAGUCGCAGCAGUGCUGAUGGUAACUUGCUACACUUUUUGAGUGCAUUUUUAAAAGGAAAUACCUGGUGAUAUUUGAUAACUUCCUGCUGUCAGCAAAUUCCAUGGAGAGAACCAAACCAACAAUGAAUAUAUACUGCUA